AUGGCUAAAUCAAGCGUAUCAUCAGCCAAGUUGAAAACAGCUGCUGCCAAACUGAAACAGGAGGAUGAUGUAUGGAAUGUCGAUCCUUUAGUCGAUCCAGUAUUUGGUAAAGGCACUCAACGGGAGUAUUUAAUCACUAACCCAUCACCAAUUAUUUUACAAAAACGUCAAUUUGUCAAACAAGAAUAUUUCUUUGUUUUUGCCUUGAUUUCAAUUGGAUUAUUUGUUAGAUUAAAAGGGUUGUCUUACCCUGACUCAGUGGUAUUUGACGAAGUCCAUUUUGGUGGAUUUGCUAGAAAAUACAUUUUGGGUAAUUUCUUCAUGGACGUUCAUCCACCAUUGGCCAAGAUGUUAUUUGCUGCCGUUGCAUCAAUUGGUGGAUUUAAUGGCGAUUUCGAAUUUAAAAAGAUUGGCGACAAGUUCCCUGACACCGUGCCUUUUGUUUUCAUGAGACAGUUUCCCGCCUUGUUGGGAGUUGCCACCGUGGUGUUGAGUUAUUUGACAUUGAGACAAUCGGGUGUACGUCCUGUUGUCUCAUUCAUCACUGGGUUGUUAUUAAUUUUUGAAAACUCCAAUGUUACUAUUUCAAGAUACAUUUUGUUGGAUUCACCAUUGGUGUUUUUCAUUGCUGCUGCUAUAUACUCAUGGAAAAAAUUUGAAAUUCAGGUACCCUUCACUUUUGGUUGGUAUCGGAGUUUAUUUGCCACGAGUGUGACUUUAGGGCUUGCCUUAAGUUCGAAAUGGGUGGGUCUUUUCACCGUGGCUUGGGUUGGACUCUUGUGCAUUUACCAAUUGUGGUUUAUCAUUGGUGAUUUAACCGUUUCAACGAGACAAAUUUUGGCUCAUUUCUUUGUUCGUGGGUUUACCUUGUUGGGAGUCCCCAUUGUUUUGUAUCUUGCGUUUUUCGCUGUGCAUUUCCAAAUGUUGCCUAAUGAAGGUGAUGGAGGUGCAUUUAUGAGCAGUGCUUUUAGGGCUGGAUUGAAGGGAAAUAAAAUCCCUACUGAUAUUGUUGCUGAAGUUGGAUUAGGUUCAAUUAUCACAUUGCGUCACCUCGAUACUCAAGGUGGCUAUUUACACUCACAUCAACAAUUUUACCCCACUGGUUCCAAGCAGCAACAAAUCACCUUGUACCCUCAUUUGGACUCAAACAAUAGAUGGUUGAUUGAACCAUACAAUGGAACCAUUUCCAACGAUACUUUUGUCCCCUUGAUCAAUGGAAUGAAGAUUAGAUUGAAGCAUGUCAAUACAGGCAGAAGAUUACAUUCGCAUGAUGAAAAACCCCCAGUUAGUGAGCGCGAUUGGCAAAAGGAAUGUUCGGCAUAUGGAUUUGACGGCUUCGACGGUGAUGCCAAUGACGAUUGGGUGGUUGAGAUUGUCCAGUAUAGAACCAAAGAUGAUGACGCCAAGGCCUUUGUCAAAGCAUUAAAGACGAUUUUCCGUUUACGUCAUGCCAUGACGGGUAAUUAUUUGUUUUCAAGUGAAGUUAAAUUGCCCGAAUGGGGGUUCGGCCAACAAGAAGUGACAAGUGCUUCUCAAGGUAAACGGUCAUUAACUCACUGGUAUAUCGAAACCAAUGAUAACAAACUCUUGCCAAAAGAGCGUCAAACUAUCAUCAAUUAUCCUAAAUUGUCUCUUUGGGAAAAAGUUGUUGAACUGCAUCAAAGAAUGUGGAAAAUCAAUUCCGGUUUAACUGAUCACCACCACUGGCAAAGUGAUCCAUCAGAAUGGCCAUUUUUAUUGAGAGGAAUCAAUUAUUGGACAAGAGAACAUAAACAGGUUUACCUAUUGGGUAAUGCCGUCACUUGGUGGGCGGCAACUACGGUCAUUUUCACAUUCUUCAUUUAUGCACUCAUAACCGUGUUCAAGUUCCAUUUAGGCAAACCAAUGGCUACCAACAAGGAAGUUUUCAAUUUCAAUGUGCAAACUUUUAGUUAUGUUUUAGGGUGGGCAUUACACUAUUUACCAUUCUUCAUUAUGGGAAGACAAUUGUUUUUGCACCAUUACUUGCCAGCAUUAUACUUUGGAAUUUUGUCAUUGGGUCAUUUCUUGGAAAUCUUUACCAAUUAUUUCACAUCGUCGUCGCGCGUGUUGCGCCAAUUGGCCUUGGUUUUAGUCGCCGUUUUUGUCGUGUUGAGCACGGUUUUCUACCUCAAUUAUUCAUCAUUGAUUUACGCUACCCCAUGGACCAAGUCCGCCUGUGAGGUUUCGAAACCGUUUAGUACAUGGGAUUAUGAUUGUAAUAAUUUCCAUCAAAAUAUCGCUCAAUACGAUUUUGCUGAAGAAAGUGAGGAUCCUCUAGAACCGUCAAAUUGGAAGUUGGCCCAACCUGAAGAAGCUAAGCAAACUCCUAAAGCCGUGCCAAAUAUAGCUAAAGAGGAAAAGAAUAUUGAAAAGCCACCCGUUGAUGCACAAGAAGCACCAGUUAAGGAGCAUGAACAAUUGGCACCACCAGGAAUCGAUAUCGAUACCAAGUCGAAUGGAGACAAGGAUGCUGCUGCUCCUGACUCCAUAGUUGAACAAGUUGAUGUUGACGAAGAAAGUUCUAUUGAAGAGCAAGUAGAAGCAGUCGCAGAUGAACCAAUUGUUGAAAAAGUUGAAAAACCGAUGCUUGAUGAUAUCCCACAAUAUGAUCAAGUCGAUGAUAUUAAUCAAAAGAUUGUUGAAGAAGAGUCGAUUGACCCCCCAGUUCAACCAAUAGAGCAACCAGUGGAGGAGAACCAACAACCAAUUUAA